GAGGGGGGACGAGGACCCCGGCUGGGGGUUAUAGAGACCCCACAAACAGGACCUGUGCAGGACAACGGGUCCAAGUGCCCUACUGAGAUGCUUCAGAAGAGCAGAGCAGCGGGGAUGGCAGCCUGGCCUCCAAGCCGUGUGCUUCCUGGUCCCGGCACCCACCUGUGCCCAGGCCACGGUGCCCUCGAUGACAGAGGCCAGCCCGGCAUGCCGGGCCCUUGGCGCUGAGGCCACUGCGUCAUGGAGGGCCCGGCGGAGACGGCCGCUGAGGAGCCGGCCCCGACGGGGAGGGGGCCCGUGGGGCCCUCGGGAGGCAGCGGUGACCGCGGGGUCCAGAGAGCGGGAGCAAGUGCGUCAGUCAUCUGGCAGCGAACAGGGCCUGAGGAGGCCAAGUCUACGGUUGGAAGCGGACCCUGCUCUGACACAGAUGCCACUCCUGCCCCUGGCGUCUCUCCACCGGCUGCUGGGCCCUCUCCCGGCCAGAUGGGCUCCUACCCCACAGACCUGACCUUGCAGCUGCUGGCUGUGCAGAGGAAGAGCGGAUUGCCCGACCCCAGCCUGCAGCAGGUCCUGCGGGGCCGGCUCCGUCUUCUGGAGAAUGACAGCUGGCAGGUGGCCCGUGCCCUCGGGGAGCUAUCGGCCAGGCUGUUGUCCAUCCACAGUGACCAGGAUCGGAUUGUGGUGACGUUUAAGACUUUCGAAGAAAUCUGGAAGUUCUCCACCUACCACGCUCUCGGCUUCACUCAUCACUGCCUGGAAAACCUGCUCGUGGACCAGACAUUCUGGCUGCUCGAGCCUGACGAGGACGAGGAGACGGCCAUCCAAGUCCACGUGGACGAGGAGGCCUUGAAGCUGACACACGAGAGCCUCCUUUUCCAGGAAGGGCCUUUCUUUGUCCGGUGUCCUGACCACCACGUGAGAGUGAUGAGUGGCCUCCAGCCCCUCAGGCAGGCUUCGGGGUUUCCCCAGGCAGAGGCGGCACCGGCAGUGGACUCUUUGGCCCCCAGCCACAGCACGUCCUCGGAGGAGGGGACAGCAGUGGAGCCUUUGAUUCCGUUCCAUCAAUGGGCUCUUAGGGUCCCCUGGGACCCCAUCAACGACUCCAUGGGUGGACCUGUGAUGCCGGACAUCCAGCCAAUGGCUGUGGGCCUGGCCUCGGCCGUGGCGGACUGCCAGGGCUCAGGGCCUGAAGAGAUGACCUUCCGAGGCGGUGACCACAUCGAGAUCCUGGGUGCCCAGGUGCCUGGCCUGCCCUGGUUCCUGGGCCGGCACGCGGCCUCCGGCCAGGUCGCCUUUGUGCAGACGAGCCUCAUCCGUGUGCAGGGCCAAGCGUCUGACUUGGAAAGUGUGAUUUUUCUCAAUGAAGAGGAAAGGUCUUUCUUCAGCAGCGAAGGACGCUUUUCUGAGGAGGACGCCAGGCAGCUACUGAGGAGGACGUCCAGCAUGGACGUCUGCACUGUGUACAGCUUGGACACAGAAGAAGCUGAGACAGAGCAGCAGGAAGAACAUGAGAUGCCCCCGCCUUGCCUGCACCCAGAGCCACGUGAGACCCUGCAGAAGGUGAAGAAUGUCCUAGAACGAUGCAAGUCCUGCCAGGGCUGCCCCAAGGAGCCAACGUCCCCGGGUGCCCACGGGGCCUCCAGUGGUGCGAGCUCGCCGGACACCAAGUCCUGCCGGGGUUGCCCUGAGAAGCCAGGGUCCCCGGGUGUCCACGGGGCCUCCAGUGGUGCGAGCUCGCCGGACACCAAGGAGCCCUCCUUCUGCCUGGACGCCGGGGCUGAGCGGGCUGACCCGGAGGCCCUGGGCUCCCUGCUGCUGUUCUUGGACAAGCCCGGCUUCGAGGCCGGCUUCCAGGGCCUGUACGACCUCUCCCCGCCCCAGCUGAGCGGCGCGUUCGGCGGCUUCACUGACGAAGAGGAGCUGGCCCGGCUUCUGGCUGAGGCCCGGGGGCUGGCCAAGAAGGCCGGGCUGCCCAUGGCCCUGGCCAGGCUCUGCUUCCUGCUGGGGCGGCUGUGCGUGCGGCGGCUGAAGCUGUCCCAGGCCCGCGUGUACUUCGAGGAAGCCCUGGGGGCGCUGGGGGGCCGCUUCGGAGACCUCGUCCUGGUGGCGGCCGUGUACACCGGCCUGGCCGCUGUCCACCUGCGGCAGAAGAACAGGGAGAAGUGUGGGCAGAUGGUGCCCAAGGCCUUGGCCCUGCUCCUCGGGACGCCCGGCCACGUGGGCGGCUCCGAGGCCGAGUCGGCGCUCCUGCAGCUCGGCCUGCGGAGGGCUAUCGGCGCCCGCAGCCCGCAGGCCGAGGCCCGGGCCUGCUUCCUGCUGGCCGAGCACCACGCCCGCGUCAAGCAGCCCGAGGAGGCCCUGCCCUUCCUGGAGAGGCUGCUGCAGCUGCACGGGGCCUGGGGGGCCUCGGGCGCCUCGUGGCCCAUAGACUGCUACCUGCUGCUGGCGGACGUCUACAGCCGCAAGUGCCUCCCGCAGCUGGCGCUGAGCUGCGUCAAGGUGGCCACGCGGCGGGCGCGGGGCUCGCUGGACAGCGCGCUCCGGAGCGCGGCCCUGGUCCUGCGGAACAGCCCCCGGCUCCCCCGCCUCCCCGCCCAGCUCGCCCCCUACCUCCUGCGGGCCCUGGCCUCCCCGGCCUCGGGCGCGGGGCGGGCGCUGCGUGGCCCCAUCUACGCCAGCCUGGCCCAGCUGCACAGCCACCACGGGCGACAGGGCAGGGCUAUCGCCUUCAUGACGCGGGCCGCGGAGACGGACGCCCAGACUGGCGGCCGCACGGUCGUGGACCGCCUGGUGGCCCUCGCCUGGUUGCACGUGCUUCACAGGCAGAUCCCGGCAGCCCUGGACAUCUUGGAGUCCGUCCUGGAGGCGGCGGUGGCCUCCCUGGACCAGGAGGGCGUGAUCGCCAACAUGGUAGCUAUUGCCCUGAAGAGGAUGGGCAGGACUCGGCAGGCGGCCGAGAGCUACUACCGCGCCCUGCGGGUUGCCAGGCGCCUGGGUUGCCAGCGGAACAAGGCGGUGGUCCUGGCCAACUUCGGGACCCUGUGCCUGCAGACCGGCGCCGGCAGGCUGGCCCAGCACUACUUCCUGGAGGCCGUGAAGCUCUUCUCGCGGCUGCCCAGCGGAGAGUGCGGCCCAGACUUCACCCAGGUGCUCCUGCGGCUGGGUCACCUGUGCACCCGCAGGGCUCUCACCCGGCAGGGCAAGUGCUACUACGAGUGGGCCUUUCUGGUCGCCGUGGAGACGGACCAUUUGGAGAGCCAGUUGCACGCCGUCCAGCGGCUGUGUCACUUCUACAGCACGGUCAUGCCCAGUGAGGCCCAGUGCGUCGUCUACCACGAGUUCCAGCUUUCGCUGGCCCGCAGGGUGGCUGACAAGGUGCUGGAGGGGCAGCUCCUGGAGGCCAUCAGCCAACUCUACCUGUCCCUGGGCACCGAGCGGGCCUACAAAUCCGCGCUGGAGUACACCAAGCGCAGUCUGGGGAUAUUCAUCGACCUGCAGAAGAAGGAGAAAGAGGCAUAUGCCUGGCUGCAGGCGGGGAAGAUCUACUACAUCCUCCAGCAGAACGAGCUGGUGGAUCUCUACAUCCAGGUGGCACAGAACGCGGCCCUGUACACAGGGGACCCCAAGCUGGGGCUGCAGCUCUUUGAGGCGGCUGGAGACAUCUUCUUCAAUGGGACCUGGGAGCGGGAGAAAGCCGUGUCCUUCUACCGGGACCGGGCACUGCCCCUGGCCGUGACCACGGGGAGCCAGGAGGCCGAGCUGCGGCUGUGCAACAAGCUGGCAGCGCUGCUGGCCAAGACGGAGGCGCCGCAGGAGGGCCUGGAGUUCGCCCACACGGCCCUGGCGCUCAGCGUCACCCUGGGGGACCGGCUGAACGAGCGCGUGGCCUACCAUCGGCUGGCCGCGCUGCACCAGCAGCUGGGCCGCGGGGAGCUGGCAGAGCACUUCUACCUCAAGGCGCUCUCGCUCUGCACCUCGCCGCUGGAGUUUGACGAGGAGACCCUGUACUACGUGAAGGUGUAUCUGGUGCUUGGCGACAUCAUCUUCUACGACCUCAAGGACCCGCUCGACGCGGCUGGGUAUUACCAGCUGGCGCUGGCAGCGGCCGUGGACCUGGGCGACAAGGAGGCGCAGAUGAAGAUCUACAUGCGCCUGGCUGCCAUCUACCACAACUUCCUCCUGGACCGUGAGAAGUCCCUGUUCUUCUACCAGAAGGCUCGGACCUUUGCCACCGAGCUCAACAUCCGCCGGGGACACCUGGCCCCUGGGCGGUGCUGCGGGCGGGCGGCCUGGCUGGUCCCCGGGCCCCCGUCCUGAGCCGUGGCCUCCGUCUGUCCCAGUGUCUCAGGGGGCUCGCUUCCUGGGAAAUGGGGGCAUGAGGGCAGGGGUCAA